CUCCCUGUCACCCUGUGGAGAGCAAACGUACGUACUACUACGUUUGGGUAACUCCACAGUCUUCACUCACACUGCUGUACAACUGGUAUAUCAAAAGGCACUCGGGCACUUUGCACUGUAUGUGCUCAGUCGUCGGUUCCCACUCGCUGAACUGCAAUGCUGCCAUAGAGUACGUAGUAGUACCACAUACUGAUAAAGUUCCUUGUAUAAGUACUCGUGUUUGGCCCUUUCUCGCGAGUCGCAUCUCGCCAUAUUGAUCUGAGUGACUGAGGCAAUCGCAUCCUCUCCGAUUGGCGGUUGGCAUGGGAACGUGUCUUCAGAAUGAGCGAUGAAGAGAGAGAUAUCGACAUUGAAAGCGAUGAGGAGGAAACAUGUACGUUAGGCCCCCGUGGAGAGAUCCAGUUUGCCUCACAAGCGGAGAAGCGGGCUCAUCACAAUGCUCUUGAGAGAAAGCGUCGGGACCAUAUUAAAGAUUCCUUUUGUUCGUUGAGAGAUUCGGUACCCUCCUUACAAGGAGAGAAGGCUAGCCGUGCACAAAUAUUAAAGAAAGCAGCCGACUAUAUUGAGUUUAUGAGGCGUAAAAAUUCUGCUCACCAGCAAGAUAUUGAUGAUCUGAAGAAGCAAAAUAAUCUCUUGGAGAGUCAAAUUGAGAUGAGUGCUGACCAGAGGCAGCAUCUUCCUGCUGCAGCUCUCUCGCCAGUUCGUUCCUUGGAAAAGACAAAGUACACUGGCAAUUUUGCAGCGAUGGCCAGUAACAAUGGGAUACUUAACAAUAAGUCUGGCUCUCUUGUGGAGUUUGAAGGAUCUGGGUCAGACACUUCAGACUCAGAAGUGCCCAAUAACGUCCAUCGGAAAAAGUUAAAGACAUAACCCUUGGUAAGGUGGAUGUAUUAGGAUAGUUUAGAGUGGUUCGUUGAUUCUUAUAAGAAUGUUGUCAUCGUUUUCAGCUUAAUUUUGUACCUCAGGGAUCUUUUGAGGAUGCUACUUUUUUCCAAUAUGGUACAAAAAAUAUCCCAACAUUUUUUAGUUCAUAGAUUGUGGAUGCUGGGUCAGAUAUUGUACAAAUAUACAAAGGCCGUUUAAGGAAGGAUAACUGUAUUUGACAUUAUACGUAUGUUAUUUUAUAUUGUGCAGCCUGAUUUGGGAGUAGAACAUGUUGGCCUGCCAAGGUUUUGUGUAUGAUAAUGAAAAUAAACAUGCUUUCAUAUAUGAAAUAUGUAAAGCAAAAUAUUAUGUAUUUGAAGCACAUUUUUUACAUAUUCGUUUUUCAUACAAUCUUUGAUUUUAUAAACGAAACUUACCUAGUAAUUACACAGCUAUAGUUUCAAACUUGCACGACAGCUAAAAAUUGAAAUUCACAGUAACGCUUCUUUUGUUUUAUGGUAGGAGACACAGCCCCUCCUACUAUCGGGAAGAAUGGGUGCAACACAGCUGGGCAGCUCAAUUUAUUUCUGCCAGUCCCAACUGAACAUCAGCCAUUCUUAGCAAUUCAAUUUUUAAUUUGCUCACCGGAUGAUUCCUUGGCAUCUUUGUUUGGUAGCCUUCAAGUUAUUGUUAUUUAGUUUUAUUUAGUCUUUAGUUUCUGAUUUUGACUAGUUUAACAUGUCAGAUACUAGUAAUACUAGCAUUAGGUUUAGCAGCCAUCUUAUGACUCGCAUACCGUUUGUUCUAGUUCUAGGGGUCAGUCUUAUUCUAUCAUGUUUUUUUGUCAAGAGUGUAAGGACUGGGAUCAGGGGAAGUGGGAGACCCUUAAUGCACGUUUAGACAAGCUAGAAUGUGACAUGAAAAGAAAGGCAGCUCAGAGCUGGAACUAGAAAUGUAGCUACGUAAUUUGCAUAUUUCUCCUAAAUUGAAUGUAGCCAAUGUAUCUGUUAUGCCUUCUACAUUUUCUGCUUUUUCUCCCCUUCCCAGUCCUCCGACUAUUACGACCUCUCCCUUACCAAACACGUUUGUUUCUGAGCCUAAUGCCAUUGCCAGCCUCAAAGCUGGUGUGGAUCAUAAGUUUGUCCUUGUAGUAAGUACUAUGGAGCAUUUGAGUGCUUCACUGAAAAUCCUUAUGGACAACAAAUGUUAAUGUGAGUGAAAGUGCUAGCGUGUGGAGGAGGUUUUUAUCUGGCCCACUUAGUUUCGGAGUCAGUUGCAUUGACGGCUUACUUGCCAGGCUCCGACAAGUGUUGCUUUAGCCACAGAAGUCGUCUCCCUCAUAAGCAAGAAGGCAGUCAAAGAAGUAGAUGUUAACACUCCAGGCUUCUACAAUUGCCUUUUUGUAGUCCCCAAAACAUCAGGGGCCUGGAGACUUGCCUAUCCAUCAGGGGAACUAGAUGGUCACAAUAGAUAUGCAGCACGCUUAUUUUCACGUCCCGAUUCAUGCGAACAUCAGGAAGUAUCUUCGUUUUGUGUUCUAGGGCAUGCUCUUCCAGUUUCGGGCCUUAUGCUUCUAGCCCCACUCGCAAGAUGGCUUCACUUUAUGGGCAUAAACGUCACAUUUUAUCUAGACGACUCUCCUUUGCUCACCAACGAAGCAGAAGUGCACGGAGGACUUGCAAAAGACACUUCACCUUGCUGAGACUAGGUAUUCUCAUCAACAGGGAGAAAUCACAGCUGUGUCCCUCUCAAACAAUUCUAUAUUGGGGAUGCCUGUAGACUCUCAUGGGUUUUCAGGUUUCUACGUCACUAUGGCUCAGUCAUGCCUUCAGACAGUCAACAACUUCUUCGCUCUCCUUUAUGCUCGGCUAAGAGAUGGAUGAACCUAUUAGGAACCCUGUCGUCGAUAGAGAAGUUUCUCUGUAUGGAGGCUUCAUUUAAGAGUCCUACAGUUCUUCUUGAAGGCAAACUGGAGCAAGAAAAUACAACUGGACUUGUUCGUUUUCCCAAUCUCACCGGAGAUCAUGACGGUCUUACGGUGGUGGCUGUCAGAGCGAAGACUUUCAGAAGGCAUAUCCUUUCACCCGUGGAACUCCAGCCUAUUCUUGUAUUCAGAUGCCUCAGACACAGGCUGGGGAGCUCUCCUUGGAGACAAAAAUCUUAGGCCUGGUCUGAAGAAGAGUAACCUUCAUAUAAAUGUGAAGGAACUAAGAGCCAUUCACCUUUCCCUUCCUCAUUUUGCAAAGAUGACCUAUGACAAGACAGUAGAGUGUUCUCAGACAGCACCACGGCUUUGGCUUACACCAGAAAGUAGGAAGAACUCCUUCUCCCGAUGCGAGACAGCAAAGAAUCUGCUCUUCUGGGCGCAGGAGUUAAGACGUACAGAUGCGCAUUGAUUUAUGGAAAUUGUAGAGAAUACUGUUCAUUAAUCUGUUCGUGACGUCGAAAAUCCAUAGUCUUACGUUUUUCUGCUCACUGAUUCCAGAACCUCUAUCAUGUGCCAUGGAUACCAUGCUUCUUGAUUGGGUAAAUCUAGACAUUUAUACCUUCCCUCCUUUCGGCAUGGCCAGGGAAGUGUUGAGAAAAUUCAUGUCUCAUCAGAGCUCCAAGAUCACUAGUCGCCCCAUUCUGGCAAGAAGAGAAUAGUUCCCGGACCUCCUUUCUCUCCUGAUAGACUUUCCAAAGCUCCUUCCACAGAGGCAAAAGCUUGUAAGACAACCUCAUUUCCACAGGUUUCAUCAAAAUCUAUGUGCUUUUGCUUUGACAGGGUUCAGACUGUCAGAGCAAAGGGGUUUUCAAAACCACUUGCGGAAACAGUUGCAAAAUGUAGACAACAUUUUUCUACCAGGGUUUACCAAGCAAAGUGGGCAAAUUUCCACAGCUGGUGCAGAAGAAAUAAAGUUUCUUCUCAAACAUCUGUGACAGAAAUUGCAGAUUUUUUUUGUUUUCCUUAAGUCAGAGAGAGUCUUAUCUACAUCGACCAUUAAAGAAUAUAGAACCAUGUGAGGUUAGUAUUUCCAAAUAGAGGCAUAGAUUUAGGAGCAAACCAAGACAUCUUUGACCUAAUUAGAUCCUUUGAGGCUGGAAAAGAUCAUAAAGCUUCCUCAGUGUCUUGGAAUUUGGAAUUUAACAUAUUACCUUAGUAGGACAGAGAGCAUCAGAGGUCCAUCAUGUAAUCUCUGGUGCAUCAUUAAAAAUCCUUCAAAACUGGUUUCCAAGAAUGUGAUUUCUUUCUUUUUGAGGAAGGUUAUUGUGGAGGCACACUCCAAAAUUACUGAGGACUUCUUACCUGUUUAAAAGGAAAGCCCACAAAAUUAGGACUGGCCACUUCGUUGGCAUUCAGACAUAUGUCUUUAUCAGCGCUUAUGCAAGCUACCUUCUAGAAGUGCAAAUCAGUGUUUUCUGCACUAUUUGAAAGAAGUGGAAACUAUUUUUGGUUUAUUGCAGUACGCUCGGUCCUCUUUUGAUGACUGGCAUGGUAUUAGGGUGAGGAAACAGGAGUUAUACACCCUUGUCACUACAGUUAAGAUGAGCGAUAACCAGGGGCAGUACGUAUCUUCCUGCACAGCUUUCUUAACAGUUAAGAGUACAACAAAAUUAAAGUGAACCCCCCUGUAUUUGUGGAUUUCUCUUUGGAACAUAUACCCCCAUUAUUCGCAGAAAAUUUGCAUAUUCGCAGUAUUUUUCUGUGAGAAAUAUCCACAGAUUCUUGUGUGCGUGUGAUUUUUUUUUUUUUUUUUUUUUUUUUAUAAAUUUCAUUAUUAAAUGCACUUUUUUGUGAUAAAACCACUAAAAAAAAGAUAUAAACAUAUUUAGUGGGUUUUUCUUGAGUUUUACCUAAAAAAAAUAGGCAGUUUCAACUUCUGGCGGGGGACCCUGGUACCUAUCCCCUGUGAAUACGGGUGGAACACUGUACAUUACAAAUACUUACUGUUCUUGGGUUUUAAUUAAAAUCUUAAAUGUGCCCAUGAAUCCCACCUCCUUUUAAUAUGGAAUUCAGCUGUGUAAUUACUUGGUUUCAUUUAUAAAAAUGGCCUUUUUAUAAUGAUAAAACAAAGAUUUAUAAAUGUACUUCCCAAGUAAUUACAGAAUCAAAGCCCUCCCUCAUCCUCUUGUGGGCACAAGACUUAAACAGAUGUGUUGCACCUAUCCUUCCCAAUAGUGGGGUGGGCCGUGUCACCUACACAAAAAUAGAAGCGCUAUCGUGAUUUUCAAUUUUUAGCUGCUGUGCGAUUUUGAAACUAUAGCUGCAUAAUUACUUGGGAAGUGUUUAUAAAAUUUUAUUUUAUUAUAAAAAUGUCAUUUUAAUAUGAGGUUAAGUACUUGUGGUUAACUGGUAGUUUUAUGGUUCUAGUGUUUUCAAAACAGAAGAUUAGAUUAAAGAAGGGUGAUUGAUAGCUAAUUAAGAAUUGAUAUUGCAAUAGUGAUUUGUAGCUUAACUGUAGUUUCUGUUGUCAUUAUAGUUUUUCUUUUAGGUAACUGAUGUCUAAACUCCCAGGAAAUAUGUUUUUGAAAGAUAGGCGAUGAUGAAUUGGGAUGAAAGUGUUAUAAGUGUGUUAGAGAUUGAUUUUUUGUUUUUUAUUAUAUUUAUUUUUUGCCAGUCUUAAAUUCCAAUAUUUCCAAACAGAAGAUUUAUAUAUUUAUGUACAGUAUUAAAAUUCUCAAAUAAAAUAUUGAUGUGCAGGUUA